GCCUCCUUGUUUGUGCACGAAGAUGGCUGAGCAGGCACCGAAGCCGGUGCUGUUCACGUGUCUGGGUAACAUCUGUCCAUCACCCAUUGCUGAGGCAGUUUUCAGAAAACUUGUAACUGAUGAAAACGUUUCAGAUAAGCGGAGGAUAGACAGUGCAGCCACCUCCACGUGCGUGCAGGAAACCCCCGACAAUCGAGGGCAGAAUCGCAGGAAGGAGCAAGGUGUUCCCGUGAAUCGUGUUGCCCAGCAGGAUCCUGAAGAAGACUUGGUCACGUUCGAUUAUAUGCUGUGUAUGGGUGAGAGCAGUCGCAGAGACUGGACUAGAAGAGGUCAUCCAGUCAAUCACGGCAGAGCUACCGCUGAACUACUUGGGAGCUACGACCCUCGGAAACAGCUCAUUGUUGGACCCUAUUACGGGAAUGAGUCCGACUGAGAGACCGUGUGCCAGCAGCAUCCGAGGCGCUGCAGGGAGAAUGCCCACUGGUGCCCGCCCGAGUCCCAGCCAAGGUCACGUCCAUAG